AUGGACUUACAGGCGAGAGAACUACACACAGACACAAUCGACAACCGAAAUCACUCCCUCUCUACAGCCAACCCCUCACUUCUACUACAGUCAUUGUAUGCUGCAACGUAUGACUAUGUAGGAAAACCCUUCCUGGAUGUACUCGUACGGGAGAUUGCAAAAGUUACUCUAGCCCAAACAGUGAUCCUACAAGAAAUACUUACACCAGAAGAAAACUCUCAUGAAACAAAAAGCGCAACAAACGCAGCAGCAGCAGCAACAACAACAGAAUCUCAAUCAACCCAAACAAAGAGGAUCUCAUUUAUCAAAACCACCCAGCCGAUUCCACCCCUGCCAUCACCAACCUUUGACCGGUCUGGGGAUGAACGAAACCAUGAUGACGAAAGUCCUCCAUUCUCCCAAAACCAUCUAUUUGUCAGAGCAGUUUACUCGACAUCACCCCUCGAGACAAUUAAACAACACACAUCUGUUCCCCUUGAACUACUCCAAGAUACACCCUAUAUUCAGGUGCUGACAGAAGGAUCGUUUGGGCUACAGGACACCGUAGAAGAGACUUCCUGUUACAUGCCUGCCCACCACAGUUUUGCGGGGGUACGUAUCAGCAGCAGCAACAGUGACACUGAUGGUCAGGUUCUCGGACUGCUUUGCCUCAUGACAGACACGCCGAUGCACCCUCAAGCCCUCUCUGUAGCCACAACCUUACUCCACGCAGUACAACCACGCGUAUCUCGCGAACUUAGUCGGAUCAGAGAAGAAGAAGAUCUCAAACGAGCCAAGGAUGCUGCCAAACUGGAUGCAGAAAAUAAAAUCCGUUUCUUAGCAGACAUGAGCCAUGAGAUCAGGACGCCGAUGAAUGCAGUGAUUGCCCUCACAGACCUACUCCUUCAAGAAAGGUCUACCUUAAAUGAAGAACAGACCGAGCAUCUUGAAGUCAUUCAGACCAGUGGUCAUCAUCUAUUGACGGUUAUCAACGAUAUUCUCGACAUUUCAAAGAUCAACCAUGAUCCAAAAUUCAAAUUGGAAAGCAGGCGUUUCAGCCUACGUAAAUGUGUAAAAGAUGCUUUGAAUAUGGCUCGUCAUCAAGCAUCCAUGAGCCAACAGAACAAACUCGUGUCAGUAUUCGAAUGUCCAACUGAUAUGGAUGAAAAUAUGCCGCUCUCCCAAAUGCUUGCCGAGUUGGAAUACAUGCCCCUGCCUGUACAUAAGACAAAGACUGUCCUUCCACUAUUAUACAAAAUCGAUGCAGACGUACCAGAUCAUUUGAUGGGAGACACAAUGAGGCUCACUCAAAUUCUAUUGAAUCUGUGUUCAAAUGCUGUCAAGUUUACAAAAAAGGGUGGAAUACGCGUGGGCAUCAAGCGGUAUGUGCCCAUCCCUAGUCAAGCAGUGCAGCAAUCAUCUCGAAUGUCGUUUAAACAGCGAUACGAUGCCAAGAUGGAGACCAUUUGGUCCAUUGUGAUGGGAAACAAGCAGACAAGACGGCAAAAGGACGGAGACGCUCGCGCUGGCGCAAGCGAUGACGAGACCGAAGAUUAUGACAAGGUUAUUCUUGAGAUAUCCGUCACGGACACAGGUAUAGGUAUCCCGGCUGACCGUCUGCCACGUCUCUUCCGCUCGUUUUCUCAGAUCGACAUCUCCACAGCCCGCCGCUACGGCGGGACUGGUCUGGGACUGGCAAUCUCGAGCACUCUUGUGAACCGGAUGGGUGGCGGCUUGUGGGUCGAAUCCGAAGAAGGUGUGGGAUCUAGGUUUGCCCUGACGCUUCCGAUGACAAUUGCCCCCACGCGCCUCAAGGAGCGUACUCCAUCAGAUAGUUUUUCAGUCGUCCUGACAUCCCCACCGUCUCCAAGCUCGACUGUAUCAGACGGAGGAGGAAGUAUAAACGAAAAUCGCAUUGAUCCGCUCGUGUCUCCAGCUAUCAUCAACGUCGGACCUGGAGGAGGUUAUUAUCACACCCAUUCUCCUCAUAUUCCUUCUCCUCCUUCUUCGUCUUCGUGCUCUUCUCCUUACUUCAAUCAACGAUCAUCUGCAGACAUCUCUCUCCCUCUCUGGGCACCCCUGAACGCUCCACUUAACAACACCAAACCCACCACAACCACCAACCAUAAUAGCCACAACAAUAAUAGCAACAGUGCUCUUCCGCCUAUACCCACAAUGGCCCUUUCUGUCUCUCCUGCAGUAGAUAUGUAUGCUACACAUAGUCGAUCGAUAGACACCAAGCGGCCCUCGGCAAGACCACAUCGGGACAUCGCUGAUAAGACCAAACUUACGAUCGAAGCCAGGACUUCUCGGGCUGCAGUUGCCAAGCAACAUUAUCAUCACCGCAAAUCGACAAAUAAUGAAGAAAAUCUUGCUGUCCAAUUCCCCAUCAAGAUUAUGCUGGCAGAGGAUAAUGUUUUGAAUCAGAAGAUUGCCAUAAGUAUACUCAAAAGACUUGGUUAUCAUGAUGCAGUAAUUGCAAACAAUGGAAGAGAAGCUUUAGAUCUCAUGCGGACUACAAAGUUUGACGUUAUAUUUGCAAGUAUUAUGGACUUGUACAUGCCCGAGUUGGAUGGACUUGAGGCAACCCGGGCAAUCAUUAAUGAACGACAAACCUCGGCUGUACAUCGUCCAUUGUUGAAUGCUUCGGAUGUAUAUAUUAUUGCACUCACGGCCUCGGCAUCCAAGCAGGACAGACAGAUCUGUAUUGACGCCGGAAUGAAUGACUUUAUCAGUAAGCCGUUCACAAUGAUGGAGAUGAAAGCUUCUAUCAAAAACUGUGUGAGCAAGCGAAAACCCUCUUCUACCCACUAA